UAAAAACGCCUGUUUCAAAUCUACCGCCGUCAUCAGCCAUCGACAAGUAAAAUGUUUCAGUAGUUGUCUGUGUUGUUGUUUAUAUCGGAAAUAACGUAAAUUAAUCAUUUUAACUAAAGUACCGCCAUAAUAGCGUAACGCAAGUUGUGUCCAAACACACAGGUAGCUAACCUGACAACUAACUCAGUUGUGCAGUAGCUUACUAGUAAGUUAGCUGGCGCGCGAAAAGAAACACGGAGGGAAGAUGUAGUUGUUGCGUUUAUUUAAUAUCCAGAUAACAGUAGUACACUAGGAUAAAAUAUUAUUGUACCUGGGAGUUCGCUUGUAUGAAACUGUGUAACUAACUGAAAGACUGAUGGGCGCGAAAGUUUUGCUUUGAUACGGACCGUAUAAGAUGUUAGAUUGGCAUGAUGCCUGAAGAAGGAGGACAUUUGGGGCAGGAGUCAGCCUCCGUAACACGGGACUCCUUGAUACGUUCAGCCUUCCGACAGCUGCUGGCCAUCACAACACACAGACUGAGGAUUUUUGACGUCGGAGUCGUUGCGGUAAUAGCACUGCAGAGGUAUUUAACGGAAAGUCAAGCCGCGAAGGACCAAGCUGGUGACAGUUAUAGCUAUGACAUAACCGUCACCGACGGGGUCUGUCAGGUUAAAUGCAGCCUCUCCCCUCAUCUCAACCAUCUUGUGCAAAAAAAUAUACUUCGCACCGGUGUCGAUGUUCAUAUAAGGCAGUGUUCGUUUGUUUACAACGAGAAGAGACUGGGGCAGGGCACCGUGUGUUUAGAGAAGAUGGAGAUAGCGGCGGAGCGCUCCUCCAUUCUCAGCUCGACUGAGGAUGUGGACGCUUUACCCGUUUGGUCGGCAGAGGGAGUUAGAAAUGUGACCGUCUCGCAGAGUGAUGUGCCCACUCAGACAGGUCGGAAACAUUACUUAUCAUUGUGGAAUAACGAAGAUCCUCACGGAUCUUUAUGGAUCCCCCGAAUCCCUCCGACAGAAGUGGUCCUAGACGUGUCAAAAUGUAUUCCACUUUGUGAUCUGCACAACUCCUUCUUACAUGGGCUGCGGCACCCGCCUUUACUUGUGCGCAUUAUGUGCAAAUCAAGACUGAGAUUUUAUGGAAAGCUGGACACCAAAGUGGAGUUCCCUUUUCAAGCUUACUUUCAAGUUGCAGAUCACAGCGGUUCAGUGUCCUUGGUCCUUUGGAAUGCACUAUGUCUCGAGUGGUACCAGACACUGAAUGUAGGAGUGGUGAUGUAUCUUCAAAACUACACGCUGAAACGGAGCUUCCAGAACAGGUCACACCCCUCUCUUGCAGAUUCCCAGAUGAGAAUCUUCUCCUCAGUUGAAAUUUGCCUGAAUCCGCGUGAUCCAAGAGCGGUCAUUACAGUCAUACCUCCCAAAUGUGUGCUUCCACUGUGGGGCUUACCCAGUGUCACUUACCAGUUCAUCACCAGUUCUGAACUGGAAAGUUUGCCAAAUAAUUCUGUCUGUGAUGUCAUUGGCCUUGUCACUUUCGUGGGACGUUGUGAGAGGAUCAAGAAGAAGGCAAACACAGUCCCUGAAAAAUACUGGACUUAUCGCUGGGUUCAUGCUAUGGAUGGAACAUCGACUGUUCCCUUUGUUCUUGAAAUAUUUGCUUCAUCUCAGCCAGAGAUAUUUCAUGGACUAUAUCCAAUGACUUACCUGGUGUGCACUCAGAUGAGGGUAUGCAGAGAAGCAAGCACUUUGCCCUAUCUGACCAGCUCCUGUGAAACUCAGAUAUUCACUACAGGGUUUCACAAAGGUCAGCCAUACAUUUCCGAUCCUAAAGUGAAAAGCUUCAUCCAGUGGACUAAAACUUUGAAGGAGAGUGUGAUACUAAAGAAGACUGUCAUUGGUGGUCAUUACUGUUAUCCUCCUUCACCUCCGCUCUUCACUCAAACCAUCGCUAAUGACUCUGCUCAAUAUCCUGUGAUUGCUGCAAGUGAGCUGCGGCAAGAACUCGAGAGUCUGCAAUACCGGGAGCAUAAGCGACUCGCCAUCCAGGGUCGAAUCACAGCCGUGCGUUUUGUGGCACAUUCAGAGGAGCACAAUCAACCAGCAGAGGCCCUGCCCUCGGAAGGACUCACCAUCAGCACAGCAGAUGGACACACCGGGGGUGUGGAAGCAGACACAUUGCAGACACUGGCAAAUGCGAUGGGGCCUGCAGCUGAGAACCCCCCUUCCACCCAAAAGCGAAAGAAAAAGCGAAACAAGAAGCAAAAUGUCAAACGACGGUACAUCACUCGUGCAGCAGUAAAGAUGCUGAGGAAGCAUGAUCAACAACAGGAGGAACUGUCAGAGGAAGAAAGGACUAGUUCUGAAAUGGAGGAGGAUGAAGGUGACAAUGGCUUGUCAAACAAAAAUGACCUAGUUGCUGGUACCAGUGGACAAUCAGAUCUUGCAGCAGAAGAAACGCUCGCAGACGAGCAGCCCAGUGCAUACUGGGAAAGUGAGGCAUGGGAGACGCUGAAGAGGGACUUGUCAGAACAUUUUCAUUUUGAUAGGCUGGACAAAGAGAGCAUUCCGAGCAAGUUCAAGUUUGAACUCAAGGAUUAUCUCCAGUGUCAGAACAACUUCCACCCUACCAAUUGGACACAAAAUCAAUUUCUACCUGACCAGAACAUAAAGCAAUUGUCCCCUGUGGGCUACAAGGGCUACUACCAAAUCACCAUAUUGGGCAUAAACCAGCAAACAGCCAUUGAUGCUGUGUUCCUGCCUGUGCUGUCAUCUGAAGACCCAAGAAGUGUAGGGCUGCCUCCAGCAUCACACAGCAAUUCACUGCUUUCCUGUCUGGCCUCUGGAUUCCUCUACCCCUUAAGUGACUUGGCAGGCCAUGAGCAGUCACUCCAUCCUGACCCUGGGGGUAUCAUACAGAGUGGGGCUGAGCUGGAAGCCACGCCUGUCGUGUGCCUCAUCGAUUUCUGCCGUCUAGCUGGACAGAAGGUGGAAGUUCUUAUCAACAAAGUGUAUAAAAUGGCCGACGUUGUUUUUGUGUAAAUAGAGCAUUACAACACCACAUUAAGGACAAAAUUUACCAGCUGUUUUUUAUAAUGAAUGAAUUGUAUUUAUAUUUUUAAAAAGCUAAUGUAUGAUUGUGCUGCUUGGUAUAGGUUUAAAAAAAAAAAAGAACAAUAAAGAUUUUUUUUUAGCUUUU